GGCAGGCGGCGGCAGCGGUUGCGGAGUCGUCGGGCGGCCGUUGGGGAGCCCAGAGCUGCCCCCGGGCGUGACGCGGGGGACCUGAGUCCCGGCCCGGAGCAGCGUGGCUCGGACUGGCCUGUUAUUUGCUAUUCGGGAUUGGAGGUUUCUGGAAGCUUUCGUCUUUCUUUGGCUGCGUGGUCGAGGAAUUUCCUGAGCAUACGAAGCCUGGUGGAAUGCUGCUAUGGCAGCUCAGAUGUCUGAUGCUCAUCGACGGUUCUUGCAAGUCCUGAUGUCACAUGGGAUAAUGGAAGGAUCAGAGGCUAGGAAGUUACACAGGCACUGCUGUGAAAUCCAUAAAGUCUACUAUGCACAUGAUAAACUGGAUGAUUUCAUCACUACUAUUAAUAUCCAGCUACAGCCUUUGUUUAUGCAGAUCCGGAAAGGAAUGUCUGAAGGUGAUGGAAGAGCCCAUUAUGCCUUAGUGAACCUGGCAGAAACUGAAAUUACUAAAAUGGCAUCUGACUAUGCAGAAAAUGAAUUAGAAUUGUUUAGAAAAACUAUGGACCUAAUCAUUUUAUCAGAAAAUGGCUUUGCCUGUUCUACAGAUAUUUUAAACUUAGCUGACCAACUUAAGACAAAGAAAAUGAAGAAGAAAGAAGCAGAACAGGUGCUGAAAAUUUUUGUGGAGGAUAAGUGGCUCUCUGAGAGAAAUGGGGAAUAUACUCUGCAUACUCGCUGCAUAAUGGAGAUGGAACAAUACAUUCUCAGCACCUACCAAGAUACAGCAAGAAAGUGUAACAUCUGUCAUAGCCUUGCCAUUCAGAGCCAAGUAUGUGAAACCUGUGGAAUUACAAUGCAUUUACCUUGUGUUGGAAAGUACUUCAAAGCUCAAACUGAACCACGAUGUCCUCGUUGUAAUCAUUUCUGGCCUCACGAGAUUCCAGAUAUGAGUCGGAUAGAGUCCCAGUCAUCAUCAAAAAGAGACAGCAGAAAAGAGCUUCAUUCUUAGCACUAGAUGAUGUUAGUAAAAAAAAAUAAAAUACUUUCAAUUAAGUUUUUUUCCCCAUUCUCAGGCAGAAUAGCCAGACUAUAUUGUAUUCAUUAGUAACAGUACACUGUUGUGUACUUUUUUUCUGAAGUUUUAAGGGGCUUACAAUAGAACAGUCAUUGACCUCUUCUCCUACACAGUUAUGCCCAGACAACUUUCUUGGGGGUGGUUGCGUGUACACAAUUCUCCAUAUUCUUGGGUUGGGACAUGUUUGGGAGAAUAAAAAAUAUAAAUGUUUUUUCUCUGUCUUGAAAGCUGAUCUAUGCCUGUGAACUAUUAAAGCCUGUGUCAGCUACUGUGUUC